AUUAUCUAUGUAAUGGGGUUGUUUUGAGGAUUAAGUGAACUAAUACACGAUCGAUAAUAAAGUAUUAGGGUCAGAGGAACAGUUUUGAAUACUGGAUGGUGAGCAUCAUUCUAAAGAGGUGCCUCUCCGCACCCUUGUGGGAGGUACGGCUGCUUCCACCUGAGUUGCAUACAGGGAUCAAACGAGCCUCAGCGAGGCCAAUGACUCGGGCACGGGCAGAGGACAUUCCUUGGGAAAAGAACCGUAUCGGCUGCGCCACGCCACCCUGGUUGGGAGCUGAGGACACGGGAGCUGAGGACACGAGAGCUGAGACCCCCGCAUGACCUCUGUAUCCCCACCUGCACCAAGCCACAGUUCCUGAAGCCCCGCAGCCGCAGCGGCCGCCAUAACGUUGGUCCAAGACCACUGCCCGGGGCUGGCGACAGAUAGCUACGAGAGGCUUUCCAGAGAAGGCGACCGACACUCUUCAGGGCGGACGGGGGGCCACAAAAAGAAACCCUUGUUCAUGACAUAAAUAUUUAUACGUGCCCGCUCUGUGCGGGGUGCGGGGAAUGCUCCGAUGAAUCGCACAAGGCUUAGACUCCAGGCGCUGGGGCAGCAUUCUGAGCCCACGCAGAUAUUGCUACCAUUCUGGACGUCUGCAGGCCAGGCCCCGGAGAGUGAGAGGAGCUGAGGUUUUUUUUGUUUUGUUUUGUUUUGUUUUUCCCCCCAACCUCGUCUUCCGGGAUUCACCUCCAGAGCCAACGCCCCCUCGAGGCUUUCACGGCUUUACCGUAAAGUAGAGAACAGUCUUGGCUGCGGAACUGCCCGCCUUGGUCUUUACGGCAGGCCGCAUUCCCAGCCUCUAAGUAUGGCGCUCCCCAUUUAGGCGUCGGUCGUGGUUUUUACCCCGCUGGCCGGUGGCAGUGCUGAGCUAAGGCAGUAAUCUGUUUAGACAGGGCUGCAGAAUACUGCAGUUAAAGUUCGUUUCUGAUCACAGCUCUAGCAACCCACGAGCUUCUGAGGGUCAGGAGCUGCCACUUACUUCUAGUCCCUGAAAGUUCCUUCUCUGCCCCUGGUUUGUUACCCGGCGCUACGUCCGGAUACUGAAGCCCCUGACAUUCCCAGACUCAAACUAUGAGCCUUCCGCAACUACUGUUGCGCUCGCCCCGUUAUCUACGGGCCUCAGGUACCCCGUGUCACCUGUGGUGGUCCCAGUCCCUCGGCACCAUCUCUUCGGUGGGCUCCUGGCGUGGUCAGUCCUCCAAGUCCCCGGCCUACUGGAACCAAGUGGUGUCAGAAGCGGAGAAGAUCGUGGGCUAUCCCACGUCCUUCAUGAGCCUCCGCUGCCUGCUGAGCGACGAGCUCAGCAAUAUCGCUCUGCAGGUGCGGAAGCUGGUGGGAACUCAGCACCCUCUGCUUACCACAGUCAGAGGGCUUGUACAAGACAGCCGGAAUAACCUCCAGUUGAGGGGCUUGGUGGUGCUCCUGAUUUCUAAAGCAGCUGGGCCCAGCAGCGUGAACGCUCCAUGUCAGAAUUAUGACAUGGUCAGUGGGAUCUAUUCAUGUCAAAGAAGUUUGGCAGAGAUCACAGAACUUAUCCAUACCGCUCUCCUUGUACAUCGUGGGAUAGUAAAUUUAAGUGAAUUGCAGUCUUCUGAUGGGCCACUGAAAGACAUGCACUUUGGAAAUAAAAUAGCUAUCUUGAGUGGAGACUUUCUUCUAGCAAAUGCCUGCAACGGACUAGCUCUGCUACAGAACACCAAGGUUGUAGAACUUUUAGCAAGCGCCCUUAGGGACUUGGUACGAGGAGUAUACCAUGAAAAUUUUACUUCAGCAAAGGAAGACUACGUCACAAAUGACAUUGGAAUAUCGACCUGGAAGGAGCAGACGUUUCUCUCCCAUGGUGCCUUAUUAGCAAAGAGCUGCCAGGCGGCAAUGGAGUUGGCGAAGCAUGAUGCUGAGGUUCAGGACAUGGCAUUUCAAUAUGGGAAGCACAUGGCCAUGAGUCAUAAGAUAAAUUCUGAUCUCCAGCCUUUUAUUAAAGAAAAGACCAGUGACUCCACAACUUUUAACCUGAACUCAGCUCCUGUAGUCUUACAUCAGGAGUUUCUUGGAAGAGAUUUGUGGAUUAAGCAGAUUGGAGAGGCUCGAGAGAAAGGGAGGUUAAACUAUGCUAAGUUGAGAGAAACAAUCAAAGCUGGCAAAGGUGUGACUUCAGCUAUUGACCUGUGUCGUUACCAUGGAAACAAGGCACUGAAGGCCCUGGAGAGCUUUCCUCCCUCGGAGGCCAGAUCGGCUUUAGAAAACAUUGUGUUUGCUGUGACCAGAUUUUCGUGACACCAAGUUAAAAAGGCACUAUUGUUCUUUAGCCGGAAAAAACUGAGGAAUGAGGUGAUCUGGAGAGCUUUUAUAAUGAGAUAUAUAAAUUUGUUAAUGACUUUAAAAACGUACAGAUUUUUUUCUUCCUUUUAUCACGUUGCUAAAUGAAUACUGCCUUCUUUUUGGAACUGCUACAAACAAAAUAGAAGGAAAAAGGUCAAGCAGUUUUUACUUGUCACGCCAGAAGCGCACUUGAAGCUGUAGUAGCAGAAAUAAUUAAUGAGAUUCGCUCCUGUGACCUCAGCAAAUGGACAGGAAAUAAGUCCCUAUUGAUUGGACUGAGCCAGGGAUGGCGCCAGGGCGGUGGCCUGUGGUUUUCCUUCUAGAGAGGACGGAGCAAGCUGGAAAGGCAGGUGUCAAGAGAAACGCCACGGAUGCCAGCCAGGGAGCACUGUCAAAUCAAAAACCAGUGGCCAAUCUGUCACAACAGAGGGUGGUUCAGUAAUUAAGAAAAAAACACGCUUUGUCUUCUUGCAACUGUGUCUCUGUCUUUAUAGACACGGCAUGCAUAUACUUUGCGCUUUGUGGUUUUUGUAAGGUUUGGGGGGAGGGGGUUGCUGGAAGAAAAUGCCAAAUAUUUGAAUUAAGAGAUUAAAAUGUUAUCAAAUGUUAAA